AUGUCUGGUCUCGAAGUCCCCUCGUUGAGCUUGGACAAUUCUCUAGGGGCACUCUUCACAGGGAUCUUGGGUGCUGCGAUCCUAUUCGGUAUAACUAACGCUCAGGUUUUCCUCUACUUUCAUCAGCGUCAGACGGACUCCCUGUGUCUAAAGACCUUGGGGGUUGCGCGCUAUAUCCUAGGAGCCUUUUGGAUAUUCAUACGGAGAAUAUGGAGAUUAAGCAGAGGCAAUCACUACAUCGUUCCGGUCAUCAACUGGGUAACGCUGAAUCGACCAGGGAAUACCUACACUCGUAAUCUUCGGUUCUGGUAUCGCCAGGGUGUUCGCGCGUUCGAAGAAUACAGAAGGUUAUCACAUGGUCGCCGACCAGUCGAUAUCUGUCUUGAAUACAUUGUUCCUCUGGAGAAGCCGGACCGAGUCGAAACCAGUCGAUGUCCCGAACAUACUAGUAAUAUACGGAGUCAACGCAGGCAUAUUAACAAGUCUUUGUUCCUUGGUUAUAUUCCUGACGGUAUAUUUGUUCCUUUUGGGAUAGGCGAUGAGUCUCACCUAUACUUCAAUAUACUUCAACACCUUACUGGGUUCCCUGAACGCUCGUCCACCCAAGCAGACGACGACACAGCAGACUGUCGCCAUGUCUCCUGUCUCCGGUUCAAGACCCCGACGGUCCUUUGGCCUCGCCCGCCAGCCGAGGCCGCAACCCUUGCGCCGUCUCAGAUCGCUAUCAACAUCGAGACGGUGACGGAACAGAAAACCGACUCAUUGUCCCUGAAGCACCCCCAAAAAUGGUCGACUCACUGA